AUGAUUUUAGUUACUACAUUUCUUGCUAUAUUCUUCUGUUUACAAGACAUUCAGUCUCUAACAACACAAGAGAAGAAAUACCGGGAAUGCUCACUGAUGGAGCGAUCCAACGAAAAUGUGCAAGGAUCUACCAGCAAACAGCAAAAGAUUGUUCAAGUAUCGCUGCAUGAACCCGCUUACCUUCACUGCACAAUACCACAUCUUAAGCAAAAUAUUGUAGCCUGGACACGUUUACGUGACGAAGCUUUGUUGACUGCUGGCGAGCAAUCAUUUACUAGUGAUUCUAGAUUUCAAAUAUUGCUGGAACCAUCCAAAGUUGACUGGGUAUUAAUUAUUAGACGAGCAGAAAGGUCAGAUUCCGGUUGUUAUUUAUGUGAAGUGAAUACCGAACCACGAAGUACUGUUUAUGCCGUAUAUUUAAAUGUUAUCGAAACACGCAAUCUCAAAGUACCAUCUUCAGCAGCAAAACGCACAACAAAUUUGAUGGCCAAUAUGAUUGGGAGUGAAGUGCUCCUGAAUUGCACAGUAACGAUCGGUAGUGAAGCAAAUAGUGUAAGUGGUGAAGUGGAAUGGUGGAGAGAUGGACAACCAAUUGAUUUUAAAAAUAGUAAAAAAUACAUAUCAAAAGUGAAACGAGACAGUAAAACGAUCGUUUAUACGUUACGAAUUCUUAGCGCCUCAAGUGAAGAUGAUGGAAGUUAUUCAUGCAAAACGGUGGAUGCACCAGAAUCAACUCAUAUGCUACACGUCAACACAAAUCUGGCUCUACGCAACGGUAGUUAUACAGUCCAGAGGAUAUCAUGGCCUUUAUUUACAUUGAUUUUUCUCCUCAUUUUGCCUCAUUUGAACUUUCCCAAUGUUUGUAUAAGCAACAAGUGCAAAAAGUGUCCAACUUUUCAAAUUAUGAAAUGA